UUUCAAAUUAGCCCUCUCUCUCUCUCCUCUAACCCUUUCUCUAUCUCGCGACCGAGAAGAAGAAAGCAGAUCUUUCCUCGCUCGCAGACGGCUCCAGAUCUAUUGGCACAACUUCUUCCCUACGACAUUAACAGGACAAAGUGAAGGCAUUGUAUCACAUGGACGUCGACGGGGACCCAAUAGUGGAGCUCAAAUCCCAGAUCAUCCAAGUAAAAGGACAAAAGUGACAGUGAUGAACAAUCGAUUUAUUAAAAAUGGUGUUACACGAAACCUCACAAAUGAUAUUAAAGGCAUUUUCACUGAAGCAUGGCCAAGAUGGCACGCAGUGCCAAAAGCAUCUAAAAAUUUGUUGUGGGAGAACUUUAAGUUGAGGUAUUGGUGGGAUAAUCUAACCGACGAGGAAAUGAGGAAGGUGUGGAAUGAAAAUGCGAGUGAUCGAUUCAAAGAAAUGAUGUACAAAGCUAAGCAAAAGGCACUGAAUGAUGCUCACAAACAGUUAGGUAGAGAACCAGAGAUGAGUGAUAUGAUUGAUAGAGGUCCUUAUUGGUUGAAUAAUCAAUUAUGGAAUGAUUUAGUUCAGAAGUAUUGGGCCUCAGAAGAUUAUUUAGGAAAAUGUCAAACUGCCCGGAAAAAUCGUUUGACUGAAAAAGAUGGUUCGAUAACAAAACACACUGGUGGUUCUAUUCCUGUUGGGGCACAUAGGCAAAAAAUGGAAAAAGAACUUGGUAGAGAAGUGACUGAUCUUGAGCUAUUUCAAAGAUGUCAUAGAAAGAAUAAAGGAAUCGGGGAGUUCAUCGACAACAAAUCCAAAAGAAUUAGUGAAGAAUACCUUGAAAAAACGGGUUGUACUGAUGUUUCUUCACAGUCUUCAUUUGAUGUCUCAACUUGGUAUGAUAUCACUGGAGGUCCUUCUAAAGGACGCUUAUAUGGAUUUGGUUGUAGCUCUUUAUCUACAAGUUCAAGUUCAAUCAGUUCUACUCUUAAAGCAUCUGACCAGCAGAUUAAUGAGUUAACAAGGUUGUGGAGGAAUUUUCAAAACGAGAAGAAGAAAAUAGAAAAUUACUUGAAAUUGCUCUUGAAGAAGUUCGAAAGAGGGGGGAAGAGUCUCGAAAGAGGGAGGAAGAGGCUCGAAAGAGGGAUGAAGAGGCUCGAAAGAGGGACGAAGAGGCUCGGAAGAGGGAGGCAGACCUACAAGAACUUGUUCGAAAAUUACUUCAAGAUGUGGGAUACACAAAUCAUCAAUUUGCUGGUGGGUCGGGACAACAGGAGCAACAACAUUCCAGGAAAGAUAAUUAGUUUAUUUUUCUGUUGGUUGUUUAUCACUUAGUGUAUGUUGAUUUGGGUUGUACUUUGACAUAUGUUUGUUGACUUGGGAGUAGACAUUGAUAUUAUUUGGUAGUAUUUGGAUGAUGACAUCAAUUAUAUUAGUGUUGUUGUAUUUUGAGUAUCUUUUUUGUUAAUUUUUGUUG